AAAAAUCUACUUUCGUUUUAUUUGCUGAGCUGUAGUUAUGUUUACACUGUAGCUGACAUGUCGAACAGAAAUGGUGUUGUUUUUUGUGUUGUACUGGCGGGAUGUUGCUUCAUUUCAUGGAAACGUUUGAGAAUAGGUAUUAAUGAUGUUCUAGUGUUGGCUAGUCGUGGUCUCCUACUGUUGGCCAUCUGUACAUUGGUGAUCUACAUCAUCCAUAGACUCAAGUCUUUCUUCUCUCCAGUGUGUCAAGAACUUCCAGCCAGUGAAUCUAGCAGAUUAAAAGAAGAACUAGUUAGAAUAAAUCAACAAAAUAAACACAAAGAAAAGACAUCUGACUAUGCCGAGGCCGUGAUAAAGCCGAGACAGAAUUCAUUACACCAGCAGAAAAUGGAGCACUAUCAUCGGAUGACAGGAGAGAUGUGGAAACUCACACAGGGUUUUACUGUCGGGGAUGAGACUGAAACACAUGAUGAUGAUGGUGUAGAUAUAAAUGAGACUCCUAUUCAGAGAGCCAAAAGAAGGCAGAGACUGCAGACCGCUGCUGGAGGACCCAUCCAACAGGAAGUCCAGAAACAAAAGAUGGUGAUUGUUUUACCCGAUGAGCCUCAGCCGGACACUGCUGGAGUUGUAAAAAUAGCCCUCAGAUGUCCGAGCGGAAGAACAAUCCACAGGAGAUUCCUUAAAACCUGGAGCUCCCUGCUGCUUCUUGACUGGAUGAAAAAGUCUGGGUAUCAUCCUGUGAUCUACACGCUGUGUACAUCUUACCCCAGAAAACCUCUACUGAUGGCUAAAGAUGUUAGCCUUGAGGACGCUGGGAUCCUUAUGGACACUGUGCUGAAUGUUGAGGAGAAAGAUCCAUCCACUACUUAAACACAUCGCUUUAUCAGACAGAAUGCAACUAGCUGCGUGUAGUAUGAAAAAUAUUGACAUUUUGCUUUUUGUAUCAUUUAAUUACUUUAUAAAUGAAUGCAGAUGGUUUUCAGAAGUACUAUGAAUAGAAUACAUUGCUCUCAUUUCAGUACAGGACUCUUUUUUUACUUUAAUGUUUAUGCAUUAAGACUGCAGUUUCUAACUUCUAAAUUUAUCAGGGUGAACCUCAACAACCUGUGUACAUGUUGUAAAACUUUAUAUUUAUAUAAAGAAAUGUAUUUAAAAUUGUCAUUACAGUA